AUGCUGUCGGAUCUGAACGCCGUCCGUGCAGCGCACAUCAUCCUCGCCUCCAGCUCUCCGAGGCGCGUGGACAUCCUCAAUAACGUCAUGGACCUGCGCGCCCGCGUCGUGCCCUCGACGUUUGAGGAGGACUUGGUCAAGGCAGACUACACUCCGGCUGGCUAUGUGCAGGAGAAUGCGCGGCAGAAGGCGCUCGAGGUGUACCGCAGGCUCUGCGCCGCCGAGGCACCACCCUCGCUUGUAAUCGGUGCGGACACGGUCGUGGUGGCCGACGACAAGAUCCUCGAGAAGCCGCGGAGCACAGAGGCGGCGACUGUAAUGCUGUCCGAGCUGAGCGGCCGGUCGCACCAGGUGCUGACUGGCGUAGCUCUUGUAUACGGCGCGGCAUACGGCGCUCCGCCGACCGAGGACUCCUUCGCCGAGAUGACAGAGGUUGACUUCGCCUCGCUGCCGCCAGAGCUAAUCGACGCUUACGUUGCCUCGGGCGAGCCGAUGGACAAGGCGGGCUCGUACGGAAUUCAAGGCAUGGGUGGCUCAUUCGUGACUGGCAUCCGAGGCUGCUAUCAGAACGUGGUCGGGUUUCCGCUGCAUCGCUUCUGCACCCGGCUCGACGUCGACAGGCUGCGGCGCAGCGGCCGCGCCGGCAGCAUGGAGAGUCCGCCUGUGUGA